CUCUCAUAGUCAAAGUCCAGAAUGACCUGCUGGCUGCUGCACUACAAGUUAACAAAAACCAGAUCAUUUCUUUGACCAUCAUCUCCUCCCUUAAUGAAUCCUUUGACCCUCUUUCUUGAUCACCAAUCUUACUUCAUGAAGCAUUGAGAUCUGUUGGUGACUGUUUCUAAAAAGGAUAAGAAGAUGGAUCCAACCUUUUCUGGGGCUAGCGAUGACCCAAACGGAUACCAGUUUUGUGAAGAAGGGAACAUAUUUGUCACGGAUCCAAAUCCAUAUGCAGCAUACUGGGAUGUGUUUCAUCAACAUGGGAACCUCUUAGAUGUUGACCCCCUUGGUUUUGCAGCAAAUACGAGCUCUGUAGAAGAAGGUUCUGUAGAAGAAGGUUCUGUGACAUCCAUGUCCAUGAACUCGGUGACAGAUCCUUCUCUGGAAGACACUGACUUCUCAAAAACCACCGAGUUCAUAAGCCAAAUCCUGAUGGAAGAGAACCUUGAACAGGGUCCAUUUUAUGACUCCCUGGACCUGCAACUCACAGAGAAAUCAUUCCAUGAUGCUCUCAUAGACAACAACUCAUCUCUUCCGCCCAAUCAACACCCCUUAAAUGUUCAAAGCUCAUUCGGUGAAACCACUAGCAGUGACAGUGACAACAGCAAUUUACACUAUAAUUCUUGUGAGUUGAACCCCCCUCGUCGGGAUACCCCUGUUGCUGUAAUUGGUGAUCAUGCUUUUCAGCUUAAUUCUCAUGGCCUGCUAGAUUUGGAUGCUUCUGUUACCAAACCGUUGGCACAAAAUAUUUUCAGCGAUGCAGAUUUAGUCUCCCAAUUCAGGAGAGGGUUAGAAGAAGCUACCAAGUUUCUUCUUCCUCCAGAAUCCCGGAUUGAGACCGGUCUAGAGUCAAGGGGAGAAUCAUCCAAUAUAGUUGAGGAUAAUUCUUCUGGGUUAAAGGGCAGUAGAAAGAAUCGUGGGCGUGAAGAAAGUGAUUCUAAUGAAGAAGGGAGAAGUACCAAGCAAUCAGCAGUUGGUGUUGUUGAUGAGGAUGACUUAUCUGAUAUGUUUGAACGAGUGCUGAUUAAUAUGGAACAAUUACCACUUGGUAACGAACACGAUUCCAUAGAGAGUGGCUUGGCAAAAGAGAAACAGCAAGGUGAAAAGCCACCUUCAUCUGAUGGAAGGAAGGCUCAUCCAAAGAAACAAGGCAGGAAGAAGGAAACGGUGGACGUGAGGGCUCUUCUGCUUCUUUGUGCACAAGCUAUUCAUGCCAAUGAUAACAGGGCUGCUAAUGAACUUCUAAAGCAGAUAAGACAGCACUCUUCUCCCUUUGGUGAUGGGUCACAAAGAUUGGCUCAUUACUUUGCCAAUGGCCUUGAGGCACGGUUGAUUGGGGAUGGUGCCGCUGCACAGCAAUUUUUUAACGCUCCUACCUUCAAGACAACCUUUGGUGCUGAUUUUUUCAAAGGUUACCAAGUUUAUCUAGCUUCUAACCCAUUCAAAAAGUUUGCACAUUUCUAUGUUAACAAAAUGAUUAAGAAAGCAGCUGCAAAAGCUGAAACCCUUCAUGUUAUUGAUUUUGGUAUCUUCUUUGGCUUCCAAUGGCCAUUACUCAUCAAGUUUUUGUCAGAAAGAGAAGGUGGACCUCCCAAGCUGAGGAUCACAGGGAUAGAAUACCCUUUACCUGGCUUUCGUCCCACACAAAGAAUUGAGGAGACUGGUCGUCGUUUGGCUAACUAUUGCAAGCGUUUCAAUGUUCCCUUUGAGUACACUGCUAUAGCAUCACGGAACUGGGAAACCAUUCGAGUUGAAGACCUUAAAAUUAAGAGUAACGAGUUUGUUGCUGUCAAUUGCAUGAUGAGGUUCAAAAAUUUGCUAGAUGAGACUACUGAAAUGAACAGUCCAAGAGAUGUUGUUCUGCAUUUGAUCAGGAGUAUAAAUCCGGAUAUUUUUGCUCAGUCCAUCGUUAAUGGAUCUUUCAAUGCCCCUUUCUUUGUCACACGGUUUAGGGAGGCCUUGUUCUAUUAUUCUACUGUUUAUGAUAUUUUUGACAGUGUCAUACCCCAGGAACACCCAUGGAGGAUGAUGAUUGAGUGGGAGAUCGUGGGUCGGAUCUCUCUGAAUGUGAUAGCAUGUGAAGGUUUGGAGAGGUUUGAGAGACCUGAGACAUAUAAACAAUGGCAGGUUAGGAACAAAAGGGCUGGUUUCAAGCAGCUUCCUCUGAACCAGAAGUUAAUGGCCAAAUUUAGGUCAAAGUUAAGGAAAUGGCACAAUGAUGAUUUUGUCAUUGAUGAAGACAACAAUUGGAUGCUUCAAUGUUGGAAAGGACGCAUUAUCUGUGGUUCUACUAUUUGGGUGCCUGCAUAAUGAACUUACAACACUUGAAGAAGAUAUAAUUGUAAGAAUCAGUUCUAGGUUUUAUACUGGGACGCAUUUUGUCUGGUUCUAUACUCUGUCCAAUUUUAUACUUCCUUUUCUCCUGUUUAUGUUUUUUGAGUUAUAGACUUAUAGUUCUACCGA